ACAGGUAGUGAGGAGUGAUGUCCAAGGUGUGGUGGCAAUAGUGAGUGUUAUCCUGCGCUCCUCAACGCCUCUGUGGUGAAAGUCAAGCCUACAUGACCCCAUACCCGUGAAGUACAGUGGCGAGGGUGUGGUGGUGUGGUGCAGGCUGUGGUGACGAGUGCAGGGUGUAGUGAGUGAAGUGUGGUGAAGGCAGGUGGGUGUUGUGAAGUGCGCGCUCCGAUGUAAUUCACAGAGGAAGUUGUGUAGUCUGCCAUUGUUGAAACUACCAUACUCCUCCUCCCUUAUGAUUCCGCUACGCCACGCUGGACGCCCCUACCUGUGUGACUCUAAUAUACCUGUACGCCCGCACCUGUCUGGAGUACGGGUGGUGUGAAGGGAGCAGCAGGACAUGAGGACAGAUAACUAAAAAGUGGAUCUUGGCAACACUUUGCUUGUGGUGGAGGUGGUAGAGGUGGCGCUGUGACCUUGAGUGCUUCCUUCCACAUGUAUACGUGUUUGUGUAUACGUGAGCAGUGUGUAUCUGACGAACUCAUACGAGCACUUGGUCUUAUCUUGCCUGACGAAGUUACCAAAGACUAUCUCGUGCCAUUCCAAGACAUAAAAUCGUGGAAGAGUUACGAGUGAAUAGAUGAUAGAAAGCAUAUAGAAGACUUGGUAAGAGAAUAUGGAAGGAUGAGGAAGGUGUGAUGUUAGUGCUAUAGGAAUUGUGAGGAAAGGAAGAAAGACGCAUCUACAGAAAAGAAAGAAAGAAAAAAGAAACAAAAGUAAAAGCACGUGAUAGAAAGACUAGAUAAAUAAAUAAAGUAGUGGAAAGGAAAACAAACAAACAAACAAACAAAAGCAAACUAAAAACCAACAAAAAUACAGAACACGAAAAAAAUAAACCAUACAGAAAAAAUAACAGAAAACUCAGAAAAAAACAAAAAUCAAGAGAAAAACUGAAAAAUGAGUGCACGGUUAUCGAACAGUGACACGGGGCGCUGACAAGUUAACCAGGGAGUCACGAUGGGCCGCUACAAGACCUGCGUGAAGGGGAUUUAAACACCCUCCCCCUCCCCUCCCUCCCUUUCCCUCCCGUCCCUCCCCUUCCCUCCCCGUGCCUUGCUGCUGCUCGUGUGCGACUCGCCUCCUCCUGCGACCAUGUCAAGAUGGAACGCGAUAGACGAGGCCUUCGUCUGUCUGCUGCCGGAGGAGCGCUCACCAUCCUCGCCUUCGUCGCCGCCCUCGCCGCCGCCGCCGCUCCAAACUGGGCCAAUUUUGCUGGUGCCAUGUCGGGUAACUUCGGGCCGUGGAUGGUGUGUAGCGGGGACUAUUACGUGACCUGCACCUCCUUCUCCUCCAGGUACCAGAUGUCAUGGAAGAUCAAGGUGGCUGGAGUGGGGUCAGCCCUCGCCGCCGCGCUGCUCGCUGUGGCCGCUUUCAUGUGUCCGCUGUUGGUCAUGAUGCACCUGUCAUCCACCAAAGUGCUCGUCAAGUUCCGCCACGCCACGCUAGCAAAGGUGGUCUGCAUCGGGGCGUCAGUUCUGUGUUCGCUGGUGAGUCUGCUGCUCUUCCUGAUCGAGGUGUUCAUCUCCAAGUCAGCCAUCAGCUACGGCCUCUUCAUCACGCUCAGCUGGGCCUUCUACUUGCAGGUGAUCAGUAUGGUGGUGGGCGUGGUCGCGGGCGUGGGCGCCGGGAUCGAGUUCGGGUGGUCAAGGAAGCUGGGCGGGGAUCCCACAGUCUACGGGCGUGACCCCGAGGGCACGGCCGCCACCACCAUCUCCAACCCAAGCUUCAGGGACUCGCGGAACGGCCACGCCAAGAGCGGCAGCCACCGCUCGUCGGGACGCGUGCACCGCAACGCUAACGGCGUGGCCAUGACGCACUUCAGCGGCCAGCCCUACAUGAUCACAGCCAACGGUACCAAUGGCCACGCGGGGCGCGCCAACGGCAUGAAAGUGGCCUUUGACCCCAACAGGACGCCCCUCAGGUCGUCUCUGAGGAAGCCCAAGCCGCCUCCCCCAGAGGACGCCCCGGACUCCUCCCUUGGCAUACAAAACUUGGCCUUCACACAGUCCAGUCCCGUCGCCAAGAAGAAGGUUCGCAUCCACACGCAGUCCACGUCGGUGUAGCGCGGCUCACGGCAACCUGCAAGCCACCUGGGGAUGUUCUUGUUCACCUAGAGCCGUUUCUGGCCACCCUUGGGGUUUCCUGGCCACUUGGGGACGUUUCUGGCCAGCUUAUGACUCGCCCGGCCAGCUGGGAACGUUACUGGCCAGCUGGUGAUGUCUUUCAGCCAAGUGGAGUCUUUGUAGCUAACUUGUGACUCGGUGCCAGCUCAAGUGUGUUGGCCAGUUGUGACUUCAGUGCGUUGUGGAGAACUGUACUCGUGGGGCUCUCCGCCACGUCCCUUCACCUGAUGCCAAAGUGCCAGUGAGCGUUCAGUGUCAGCGCCACCUAUGUGUAUGUGUAUGUGUGUGUGUGUGUCUGUGUGCGUGUGUCAGUUUCAUGCCGCGCUGUCCCUCCCAUGGGUACUUUGCAAUGUGCCUGGUGAUGUGGGGAGGCGGUGUUAAGCGAGAAGAGGCAAUAAUGAACACGAAUUAAGUGAUGUAAGCGGAUGUGGAAAGACGUAUAUACCUGAAAGACACGCACGCACGCACGCACAUCCACACGCACAUGCGAGAACAAUCAGACGAGAGAGAAGUAGAGAGAAAUAAGUGAACUGUUGGGACGUGUGCAUGAGAGACUUCUUUGCGUUUUCUUUCUUUUAUGUCCGUUUUCUUUCUUUACCUUGUUAUGUGGUAAUACCCGUAAGCGAUCCGUCCGUACCGCAACACACACCCGGUUGGCAAGCCUUCGUGAUCCCUGUACUGGAAGCCCUAUCUCGAGGUCAAGGCUGAAGAGUUGAGAAAUCUUUAUAUUUAUCUUCAUAUCUUUACCUUACUGUUAGAUACUCCGUUUUCUUCUUUUUGACCCUUUUUUUAUAGGGGUACUUUUUUUUUAUUCUUGUUUUGUACUUUUUCUUUUUUCUCUUUCACGUGUGCCAAGGUAUUCUGUAUGUAAAGGAUGGCCAAGGGGUUUGUGAGCGGCCCCAGGGAGCACCCAUGUACCCUCCCUGUGUUAUUACCCUGAGAAAGUGAUUGGUUAUGAUGGAAAUUGAAUUACUGUACCACACACACACACACACACACACACACACACACACACGGUAGAAAUAGCCCGGUGCUGCGUUUAGUGUAUAUAUGUUACAAAGAUUCACACACACACACACACACACACACACACACACACACAAGGCGGUCUGGUCCCGUGUCGCUGAGAUCAAAACAUGUAUGGUGGAGUGAACUAAGCUUUAAAAACAACAACAGUCUGGCAGUGUACGCAAAAGUUAGUGUUUAAUUAAAGUUAGUGUGAGAAAAUAUUAUACAGAAUCACGCUCGUCUCUCUCUCUCUCUCUCUCUCUCUCUCUCUCUCUCUCUCUCUCUCUCUCUCUCUCUCUCUCUCUCUAGCGGACGCAACUUUUUCUUUCUUUCAUUCUUUUUUUUCAUUUUUUUUCUUUUUUUUGGGGGGUAAGUAAAAUCAUACUCUUCUCUUACUUUCUUUUAAAUUUUCAUGUUUCUAUUCACAAUUUUUAUUCUUUUUCAUUCUUUUCAUCCAGCCUUUCCGUUCCCAUAAAAGAAAGUUACAUACGCGUCACUAAUGUUGCUUUUAUUAUAAUUUUCUUCACCUAACCUAACUUAACAUAACAUAACUAUCACGUACAAUAUCGUAACUCACUCUUAAGUAAAAUAAUUGCACAUUUAUUUCUUACAUCAGUACCAUCACCAUUAUAAUUUUCUUUUAGCUAAUAAGAUUUAACCUAACAUGACCACCACGUAUGAUCUAAUUAAUUAUCCAGAAAACAAUCAUACAUUUGAAUCUUAGGUAUGCCAUUACCCUCACAAUUAUUCUCCUUACCUAACCUAACAAUUUACAGCCUCCUCACCAUUAUAAUUUUCUUUUACCUAACAAGAUCUAAUUUAACCCAACACAUCCACCACGUGUAAUCUAAUUAAUUACCCAGAAAAACUAUCAUUGUUUAUUUGUUAGGUAUGUCAUUACCUUCACAGUUAUCAUUUCCCUUACCUACACUAACCCAGCAAUUUACCACUUCCUAACUUACUAACAAAAAACGACUAAUUGUAACAGCAAUCAUGAAUGAAAUAAUGAAGCAUAGGAUUUUACUCACCAUGAAAAAGUAAUCAUUUCGUCCGCCAGAUUGAGACGAGUGUGAUUCUGUGCACCGUUAGUUUACGUAUUCAGCAAUUCCUUUCCUUCAGGAUUUGUCAGAUGUCGCCCCUGAGUUAUAGAGGACGUAAACAUAUGACCUCACCUUUAUUUUUAGUGUUACCUUUACCCCUCUGACUGCUAGUGAAAGUACGGCGCUUGUUACGUCAUCAAUCCUGCACGAUUCUGUUGGGUUACAUUCAAACUAGUAUAGCCACUGGGACCCUUGAACCACUUGACCACUACUCACGCUGUCACUGGUGUCUCGAAAUUGUAGUCUAAACUUGUGCUAGACCAUUCGUGAAGCUUCAGGAGAAACCAUAGGAAUUAGAAGGGAGACUAAAAGUUUUAUGAUAUCUGAACUACAGUAUGUUAUCACUCCUUGUUGUUAGUGAUAUCUUUCUAAAUUAUGUUCUUGCUUUCACCGGGCCAUUUUUUAGAUUAAAGAGAAGCUAAAGCAGACGAAUAAUGCUCUAAACAUGCAUCAUAUCAUUUCAUUAAGCUUGAGUAGAAAAUACAAGUCAAACUGCACUCUAGCUUGCACCAGACCGUUUUAUUAAGCUUCAAAUUAUACUCUUAACUUUUAUCAGGUCAUUUAAUUAAGCUCAGAUAGAAAAUACAGCUUAUCAUACUCUAAACUUGAGAAGCACGGCUGAUAAAUGAUGUUCUUAGCUUGCGCCAGGCCAUUCUAUCAAGCUUGAGGAGUUGAGGCCUUAGCAGUCAGAGGGUUGAUGCUACAGGUGCCCCGCCAUAGGUGUGUGUGGAUGCACCGUCGACUGUCAUUCUUUCCACAUGCAGAAUCUUCCAGUUGUAACUCAUUCCGUCCACUUGUUGUGAAUUAUAAGAAGGGAAACACUUCGCGGUCCACUUUUUGGGAAACACACACAAGUUGUAAUAUUAUUGUACUGCGUUCGUGUGUUGUAACCUCUUUGGUGUUGUUGUGUUUGACUGAGGCAAUACUACUUAGUAACACCACGUAUGUAUGUAUGUAUGGCAGUGUAUUUGGGUCGUUAUAGUUACGUAUACAUAUAUCUAUAUUUUUUUCUCUCAUUUUUUUAUACAUACAUAUAUAUUAUCUGUCCUCAUUUGUUUUGCGUGUGAGUGUUCUGCAGGAAAGCGAGGAGUGCGCUGCCUACGCCAUUGUAGCGCAGGUCCUCGCGGUGCGCUCAGCAAAAUAACAACCUUUGACAUCCCAUUGCCAUCACUAAGGAACCUUGUCAACUGAACUCGUAAAACUCAGCAGGCCCAUAUUUUGAAACACUUUAUUCUCUCAAUUCUAUUUUCAAAGGUUUCAGAUGAUUAAUUGGGUUCUCAUGAGUGUCUUUCGCAUUGAUAGUUUAGAAUUCUCGCUAAACUGUCACUAGAAUCAUUAAAGCACCAUUGAAAGUCGUAACUUACACUAAAACCUGUUUAAAGAAGUUACGAUGUUUUUUUUGAGAAUGUAAACCUUAUUAAUGAAUGUAUAAAGUGAUUGUUCCUUUGCGCACUGUGAAUAGAAAGGAAAAAUUUAAUUGGCCAUCUAAUUCUGUAGCUUCCCAAAUCAAAUGAUCACUUCCGAAGUUUCACAAAGACAAUUAGUCACUCAAUAGUUUCGAAUCUCACACCAAGGGACGAUGAUUAUUAUUUUGCUGAGUGUCUACAGUUGCCUCCUCCUCCGCCUUCACGUAGUCAGCAGUAGAUCAGCAGUAGGAAGUUGCAAGCAGUCCAUUUCUUUACAUAUUUGCCAGUCAGCAGUUAAGGUUUCGAGUACACGAUUCGAAGCCGUCCCAAAUCACAUCUCAGAGAAGUUAGUUACAUUUCCAUUACUUGACUUACUUAGGGGGGAAGAGGAGGCAGCAUUACAUUGAAGUUUUAUAAGAAUAUUCUAAUAAAUUGCCAUAGGUUAAGGCAGAGACCCUUGUUGAUAUAACGAAGACUGUGACCUCGCUAGAAACAAUAAAAGUGUGGCCGCAGUGA